GUUUACGGGGUGCUGUGGCGUUUGCAUUAGCAUCUGGUCUCAAAGGACCCAAUGCUAACGCUAUGAGCACAACUAUUUUAGUAGUAGUGGUACUUAGUGUUAUCGUAUUUGGUGGUACAACAAGUAGAAUGUUAGAAAUUCUUAAAAUAGAGAUGGGAGUGGACGAAGGAGAAAUUGAUAGUGAUGAUGAAAAUUAUAGUGAAUAUAAUGAUUAUAAUCACGUACUAACAAACUCUCAAGGAUCAAUUGUAUCAUCUGAUACUGGAAAUUCUGGUGAUCACAGAAAUAUAUCUGCAAAUAUUAAUAAUUCUAAUGCUCAUUGGUUUAUAUCAUUUGAUGAUAAAUAUCUUAAACCAUUAUUUACGCGUGAGCGUGAUCAAGAUACAAAGCCAGAAGAUAGGUGGCAUCAUGAAAGAAGCAACAAUGAUGAAAUCGUUGGCUUAAGAAUCGAAGUACAAAAACAUCCAAACUAG